AUGGGUAAUACAGAAAGUAAUUCUUUAUUAAAACCAUUAGAUAUUCAUUUAUCACCUGGUAAUGAUGAAAUAUUUCAACCAGCACCUCUUCCACUAGAUUCUGAUGGAUUUAUUAUUAGUUUUAAUGUUGAACAACAAGAAGAAAUAUUAACAUUUUUUGAAAAACAUGGAGUAGUUGUUGUAUCGAAUGUAUUGACUGAUGAACAAUGUCAACGUAGUGUUGAUGAAGUAUGGCUUUUUUUACAGGAAAUGUAUAAUCAAAAUAUUGAUCGAAAUAAACCAGAAACAUGGAGUUUUGGAUGGCCUAGUUUUUCAAAAAUGGGAAUCGUUGGAAAUGAACGUUGGUUAUAUCCUCAAGCAUGUGAUAAUCGACAAAAUCCAAAUAUUUAUCAAGUAUUUCGAACAUUAUUAGGUGAAAAUGAAUUAAUUGUAAAUAUUACUAGAGCUGGAUUAAUGCGUCCAACAAAAAAUAUUUUCUUUUCGUCACUCAAUAAAACAGAAGAUCGAGAAGAAUGGAAAACAAUCUCAGAAUGGCUUCAUUUAGAUAUGAAUCCAUUAACAGGUCGAGCAACUACUUAUGGAUUCGAACAUGUUGGUGAAGGUCAUUUUGAUAGUAGUAAGAAUCCAGAUGCAGCAAUAAAUAAUCCAGUUAAUAAUGGUAUGCGUAUUAGAAAAUUACAAGGAAUAUUAGCUUUAGCUGAUUGUCGAGAAGAAGAUGGUGGUUUUCAUGCAGUCCCUGGUUUUCAACAUUUUAUUGAAACCUGGACGAAACAGAAUAAGCAAAUAUGUAUAGAUGCAAAUGAAUCAGGAGAUCCAACUACAGUUCAAAUUCCACAAGAUGAUCCUAUUCGACAAUACAUACAACGAAUGCCAAUUCGUAAAGGGUCUUUACUUGUCUGGGAUUCUCGUUUACCACAUGGAAAUUUUCCAAAUAAUUCCUCUAGUAUGAGAAUUGUUCAAUAUUUACAUAUGGCACCAGUCAAUGAUGAAGCAAUUCGUUCAUUUCCAUUAUCAAAAGAUGAUUUACCAUCAACAUUUCAUCUUACUGAUUUAGGAAAAAAAUUAUAUGGAUUCAAAUCAUGGGAAUCAAAUAUUGCAAAAAAACGUUUUCGAGAAGAAAGAAAUCCACAAGUAUUAGAACGUGUUCAAUAUGAAAGAAAUGCAAGAAAUGUUAUAAAAACUGCCGGAUUAACAUCACAAAAAUAA